AUGACUUCUAGAGCUUUACUUGUUCCCCUGAAGCUUUACAAUAAGUCGAUAAGGCUUAAUGAUUCUAUUCACUAUGAGGUGUUCAUGUACAUAGCUUUCAUGAGCUGUUCCUUUAAAAGUAUUUGGGCAGGGAUAUUGGUUAUUGAACAUAUGGAGGAAGAUGAAGCCUGUUUAUUUGGUGAUGUUGUGUUGACUUCUUUUUGCCCGAGGAUUCUUGUUGUAUCCACCCCAAAUUACGAGUAUAAUGUCAUACUCCAGAAAUCUGCUCUGCAAAGCCAAGAGGAGGAUCCAGACGAGAAAAACCAAUCGCAAUCUUGUAAAUUCCGCAAUCAUGACCACAAAUUCGAGUGGACUCGGGAGCAAUUUGGCUGCUGGGCAUCUGACUUAGCUACAAGGCACAACUAUACUGUUGAAUUCAGCGGAGUCGGUGGAGUUGUUGAUGUGGAACCCGGGUUUGCCUCACAGAUUGCUGUUUUUAGGAGGGUUGAUACAACUCUGAAGAAUGCAGAUUCAACCCAUAAUUACGAAGUUUUAUGGGAGUGGAGUCAAUCUAACAUGUAA